CACCAAGUGACGUUGCAGUCCACGUCGUCUGUGAUCAACUAGUACGCAUGCGCGCGUGUCUGGAACACGUGAAGGCAACAUGGACGACAAACGACGAGUUGAACUGGACCGGUCACAGGUGAAUAAGGCAGUUCAAGCCCUGCAGGCAUUCCUCAAAAGCAAGUCGACCGGGAAAAAACUUUUCAAGAACGAGUCUCAAAAUAUCAGCAUACUCUUCACCUUAUGGAAGAUCCCGAGGGAGGCGCAGACCAUUCGGAUUCCAUUGCCUCAUGCCGAACGCACAAGCUCAGAGGAAGUAUGCCUUUUCACUCGAGAUGAGCCCCAAAUGACCACGGAGCAAACCGUGAGAUUUUAUAAGAAAUUGAUGGAAGAGAGGGGAGUCGCUAAUGUCACUGAGAUAAUCCCAUUCAAGGUCCUGAAGACGGAGUACAAACCUUUUGAGGCCAAACGCCGCCUACUGGGGAACUUCAACAUGUUUCUCGCCGAUGACCGCAUUCGUCGCCGUCUGCCUUCCCAACUCGGGAAACACUUCUAUGACAAGAAAAGGGAGCCACUUGCUGUGAACCUGCAAAGCAAACAUCUGGCUCAAGUCAUCCAAAAAGUGGUCCAGGGUACCAGUGUGAAAAUCAACAACAAGGGCUCCUGCUGCAUGGCGCGUGUGGGCCACAGCGGCAUGACUGCUGAUGAAUUGACGGAAAACAUUGAGGCAGCCGUUCAAACUGUGGCGGGAAAAAUACGCAUGGCGGGACCAGUGCUGAAGAUUAUCCACGUGAAGAGUGACAGGUCUGUGGCCCUCCCCAUCUACACUUCAGGCCUGAGCCACCUCAUGAAGCCCAAAGCCACAGAGGCAGAGAAGGAGUCCGCUGCUGAAGAAACUCCUGAGGACACAAAACAAACCCCCGCAAAGGAAAAGAAUGUUAAGAAAAGGAAGGUAGAGGAGGAAGAGGACGACGAUGGCGAGGAUGAGGAAAUUCCCCAACUGGUCCCCAUAAAGACCAAGGGCAAAAAGCUGAAAGUGCAGCACAAGAAAACCAGGCCCGCUGACAAGAAACAUGCAAGUGUACUGCUCAAAAUGUCCAAGAAAUGUGUCAGGUCUACGAAACCAAAAAGAAAAGCAAAAGUAUCUAAAAUGAAAUGAAUUUCGUGAGUGACACUGCGCAGUAUUUUGUAAGCUUGUAAGUCUUUUCAAUCGAUUACAUCCCAACGUUUCCCCGGGCAAAAUGUAUCAAAUUAUCAGAUGACUUUUUUUUUUCCUCUGAAUAAAAUACCUUCACAUUCAUA